GCAGAAUCUCCGCGGAUCAUCUAAAGACUCUUUAUCUCGAGUCACGUGAUCGGAGGAGUCUCGGGCACGAGCGGCGCGCCCACGGCCAUUCACUCGCGGAGCACGAGCACGAGCAGAACCCAACAGAACUCAGCAGACAGAGGAGAGAUGUAGACACUGCAGGAUCUCCUCCAUGCCCUGAAACACUGCUCUCGUUUGACUGGAUUCAUCAGUUUAAUAUCCGACACACCCGCGCGCGCACAGGUGUGCUGAUGGCGUGUUCUCUCGGCCCCGCUCUGCUGGCGCUGCUGCUGCUGCUGUCGGCCGGUGCGGCCCCGGGGCCCCAGUGGCCCGUCCAGCGGGUGCCGGUGAUCUGGGCUCAGCACACGGAGGACCGGGCGCCGCCUCACUUCCUGCGGGCGCCUCAGCUGGAGCUCAGCACUUCCUGCGGGCCGGCCUGCCACCGGCGCGCGGCUCCACCCAGCGCCUCGGCCCUGCGGCUCCGCCUGUCCUACGAGACGCUGCACUCCAGCGGCCGGCUAACUCAGACCGCCGUGGGAAUAUACGGGUUCGACGCUAACAGCUUCACCCAGACGCCUGCCAGUCGCUCCCGACCCAAACGCCAGAUCUUCGGCCACGACGGCCGCUUCAGUAUCGUUGGGCAGGACUUCCUCUUAAACUACCCGUUCUCCACCGCGGUGAAACUGUCGACCGGGUGCUCGGGGACGCUAGUGGGCGAACGACAUGUGCUAACGGCGGCGCACUGCGUCCAUGACGGCAAGAACUACGUGAAAGGAGCCCAGAGGCUGAGGGUCGGGUUCCUGAAGCAGCAGAAACAUCCGUCGGGCAGAAACGGCACGACCGGCAGACCGGACCGGAUGAAGUUCCAGUGGAUCCGGGUGAAGCGCACACACGUGCCGAAGGGCUGGAUCAAGGGCACCGCUAACGACAUCGGCAUGGACUACGACUACGCCCUGCUGGAGCUGAAGAAGGCGCACCGGCGCCGGCACAUGAAGCUAGGCAUCAGUCCCUCCGCCGCGCUGCUGCCCGGGAAGCGGGUCCAGUUCUCCGGCUUCGACACCGACCGGCCCGGUCAGCUGGUGUACCGCUUCUGCCGGGCUUCGGACGAGACCUACGACCUGCUGUACCAGCGCUGCGACGCUCAGCCCGGCGCUAGCGGAUCCGGCGUCUACGCCCGCAUGUGGAGCCGCACACGCCAGCGCUGGGAGCGCAAGGUCAUCGGGAUCUUCUCCGGACACCAGCGGGUGGAUCUCAGCGGGUCGCCUCAGGAGUUCAACGUGGCGGUGCGCAUCACGCCGCUCAAAUACGCCCAGAUCUGCUACUGGAUCAAGGGGAACUACGUGGACUGCAGAGAAGGUUGAGGAGCGCCGGCUUCAUUCACUUUAUUAGCACUGAAGAUUCUCUUACAUAUGCAGGAGAGUUUCAGUCCAGCAAUAUACAAGAACAUACUGAAGCAUCAACAUGCUAUAAGACACUGUUUUUAAAGACUUGUUAAAGGGAUAGUUCACCCAAAUAUGAAAAUUAGCCCAUGAUUUGCUCACCCUCAAGUCAUCCUAGGUGUGUAUGACAUUCUUCUUUCAGACGAACACAAUCAGAGUUUUAUUAAAAAAAUGUCCUGGCUCUUCCCAGCUUUAUAAUGGCAGUGAAUGACCGUUUCUGUUUUGAAGUCCAUCAAAGUGCAUCUAUCCAUGAUAAAAGUGCAUCUGUCCAUGAUAAAGUGCUCCACAGGCUCCGAGGGGUUAAUAAAGGCCUUCUGAAGUGAAGCGAUAAGUUUGUGUAAGAAAAAUAUCCAUAUUUAAAACUUUAUCGACUAUAAUAACCAGCUUCCGGCAGACGGCUGUUAAUCAUGGGAUAAUUUUCAUUUUUGGGUGAACUAUCCCUUUAAGCCAUUCUUGUACAAAAGGAAGGUUGUGCCAAAGAAUGUUUUUCCAAUAAUGUUCAUUUAAACUUAAACUUAUUUCAUUAUAAUAUAGUGUUUUAUGACUGUUUGAUUUUUAUCUGAAAGCUCUUAAAGACAAACUAAAGGGGACCCACUUUAUAUUAAGUGUCUUUAACUACUAUGUACUUGCAUUUACAUUAAUAAUUUUAUUACAAUGCAAUUAUUGUGUUCAUACAAUUGUAUUUCUAUUUUAGAACUGCCUACAUGUAAUUACUGUUGACCUUUAACCUUACCCGUACUGUUGUUCCCCGCAUCCCACCUCAAGAGUGUCUGAAACACAACACCAACACUGAACCUAACAAUUAUUAUUUAUGCAAGUACAUAAAGACACCUGAUAUAAAGUGUGACCAUUAGAGGAAGAUGUUCUGGAUGGACACUGGUGAAGGACUGGGACAGAAAGGCACUGGUGAAGGACUGGGACAGAAAGGCACUGGUGAAGGACUGGUUUUCUCUACUGAUGUUUGAAUGGAAAUGCUAAUGUUUCUGCUAAUGUCUGAGAACUACUGUACGAGAUCCUGUGUUUCCCUCUGGUGGUGAGAGACAGUUCUGCAGAUCUCCACACACACACACUGUAAACCAGUGGAUAUUCAUUCAAUGACACUAAUUACUUUCAGAGUUUUAAUGUCCUCUGUUACAACACAUUAAAAGCUUUUGCAAAAAAAUA